CUUCCACCAUAGAAUCUUCAUUUUCUCUUUGUUUUUGUUUGAGCUGCUUAAAUGGCAAAGUAGUGUUAAACAGCAGAGCGGGAAGAGGGAGAACGCGUUUUACAUUACAGAUCUGAGCUCUGUGUGUGUGUUUCCACUUUCUACCGACGCUCUUACUCCUUUCGUGCUUCAGCUAGCAACGAUGGUUCCACCUAUCGAAACUCCAGUCAAGGCUUCAGUAUCCCACAAGUCCUCCAUUCCACCUCUUAAUGAAAGAAUACUUUCCUCCAUGACACGGAGAUCAGUUGCAGCUCAUCCUUGGCAUGAUCUCGAGAUAGGACCUGGUGCCCCACAGAUUUUCAAUGUGGUGGUUGAGAUCAGUAAGGGGAGCAAGGUGAAGUAUGAACUUGAUAAAAAAACUGGACUGAUCAAGGUUGAUCGUGUUCUUUAUUCAUCAGUUGUAUACCCCCAUAACUAUGGGUUCAUCCCUCGUACCCUUUGUGAAGACAGUGACCCUCUGGAUGUCUUAGUCAUCAUGCAGGAGCCUGUUCUUCCUGGUUGCUUUCUCAGGGCUAAAGCAAUUGGUCUUAUGCCCAUGAUUGAUCAGGGAGAAAAAGAUGACAAGAUAAUUGCUGUAUGUGCCGAUGAUCCUGAAUAUAAGGAAUACACUGAUAUCAAGGAGCUGCCACCCCAUCGCUUAGCUGAGAUCCGUCGCUUCUUUGAGGAUUAUAAGAAAAAUGAGAACAAGGAAGUUGCUGUCAAUGACUUUCUUCCAGCCACCAAGGCGUUCGAAGCAGUCCAGCAUUCCCAGGAUCUGUAUGCAGACUACAUCGUCGAGAGCCUGAGAAGAUGAUAGUCUUUUCAUCUUCCCAGUCAUGAAUGGUGGUUGAUUCACAUUUCUCAUACUAAUAUACAAUAUAGUAGUACUGCUCUGGUAUUGUCUACUUGUACUGCAAAAAGCACAGUUAUACCAUUGUUGCAUGUGCAUACAACUUACUAUAUACAAUAUGCUUGUAUUAUCUACUACCUGGAGAAAUUAGCUCCAUACAGUACCUGAUGAUGACGAAAAGGAAACUUCAAGUUUCCCCUGUCAAAUUUUGUAAGAUUUGAUUAUGAAAUGGAUUAUGCGCAGUUAAGUGUGUAUUCAUUC